AUGACUUUUAUAUAUAAUUUAAUAAGUUAUGGUAUUGUACUUGGUGCAAUAUUCAAUCAGUUGCCAUAAAUUUAUAAGAUAUAUAAAAGCAAAAGCUUCUAAGGCAUAUCAUUUUCAUCUAUCUAUACAGAAGUAUUAAAAAAACUUAAUAGACUCUUAUGUUAGUUUUUAAUGUUGCUUAUAAUAUGCAUGAAGGAACCAGUUUCUUACUCUAUGGAGAAAAUGUCAUUUUAUACAUUGAAUACAUUGUCGUUAUACUUCAAUUUGGAUAUUACAAUUAAAAGCAGAGUGAUUACAUAAGAAAAUUGAGUUUUUUAGGGAUAAUCAGUGCACUAUUUUUAUUUUAGAUUGUCCCCUCAAUUAUCUUCAAGCAAAGCAUAUAUAUUAACAUGAUUUUAUGUAUUAGAUGCAUGAUUAUUUUUAGUGUUUUUAUCGAAGUGGCCAUAAAUAAAAAUGAAUUACUAGAGAUAAUCAACUGGAGAGCUUGCAUUUUUAACACAUUUAUAGAAUUAAGCUGGAGCAAUUCCAAGAGCAUUAUCAAUAUUUGCAGAGUCUAGCAAUAAAUUAUUAUAUGUAUUAUUAUAUUCUUAAUUUAAUAGUGUUUGGUGAUAUUAGACAAUGGUUUAGUUUUAAUAAUCACAAUCCAAUUUCUGAUUUAUUGGAAAGCGAGGGAGAUAUCAAAGAAAUUGUGA